GCAAAACGUCCGUCGAAGCAAAUCCCUUUGAUUAAUACUCAGGAAUCGACUCGGUUGCUUUCUUGAUUUCUCCGACAGAAACCCAAACCCUAGCACCACCACCACCGUCGGAGCUCCUACCCGUUCCCGAACUGAAUCGCGCAGUAGGUUAGGGUUUUAGUGGCGUGUUUAUAUAUUCCGAUUUAUUGAUUUCUGGGCCUCUCAUUGCGGUGGAAAAGUUCGGGUUUUUGAUAUAAUCUCGUAAGGGAAAUUUCAGUGGAGAUGGGAAGCGCCGAUCUUGUCGAUGAUCGAACCUUCAAUGGUGAUUUCAGUGAUGGAGGAGUGGCCAAGUUGAAAGAGAUGGUUAAGAUUAAACUCAAGGAGUAUAUGGGCGAUUACACGGAUGACACCCUAGUGGAAUAUGUGAUAGUUUUGCUCAGAAAUGGGAGAAGAAAAGAGGAAGCAAAUAAUGAAUUGAUGAUAUUUCUUGGAGAUGAUAGCGACUCUUUUGUGGCCUGGUUAUGGGAUCAUCUGGCUGAAAGUAAAGAUGAAUAUUUUAAUUCUCAUGUUGAGGAAAGUACCAUUAAAAGCUCACUGGUAAGCAGUCAGAAUGAGGAUAAAGCACUUGGUAUUGUGGAUUCUGAAUCUGAAAAGGGACGAUCACGCCGUGGUAGACAAUGGAGGAGCCAGCCAACUAAUGUCUCUGAGAUUCCUCCUCUUCUGAGUUCUGAGGUUCACAAAAUUCAUAACUACGAGAAGAAAGAUCAUAAACACCGACAUAAUAAAAGGUCUCCAUCUCCGCAGUCUGAAUCCCACAGGAAAAGGUCUAGAACUGAUGACUCGCGGAAUGAACAGAGGGAAGCUAAACCUGAUGUCUCUCGCCGGCUGCUUCAGUUUGCUGUGCGAGAUGCUCUAGCUAUAUCCAAGCCAGCAAAUAGUUCGACUGAAUCCUCAUUAAAACGUCUUCGCUCAGUGGUGUCCACAUCUACUCAAGAAUCAUCUGACCCCGACCCAGCUCGGAAAAUUCGAUCUGUUGCUAGAGUUGUAAAUCCCUUGGCCUCUGUAAUGAAAGCUGUUGCCGAAGCAGCUGAAGAUGCCAAAAGACCAAAAUCUGGGAGAAGUGUCUUUGACAGAAUUAGUAAUUCUACUGGAUUGUCUGAGACCCAGGACCAACACAUGGUACUUGGUGAAGUUCCCUUUAAGAAUGAAGAAUAUAGGAAUAUUAGCGAUGAUCAGGAAUCGGUACAUCAUCAAUACGCACAUCGUCUUGACAACAAUGGAGUGUAUGUUGAGAACAUGUCAACUUUUGACACUGGCUUGCAGCCAAAUUUUUCGUCUGAUCGAGGCAGACUCAGUUCAAGUGCUAAUUUGCCUCACCCAAGUACUUUUCUUGGGAACAGAAUUAACAAUCCAAAUAGUCUGCAGCAUCGUUUAGUCGAUGACCCAAAAAGAGUUAAAGGGACAGCAAGUUUCUCUGGCAAUAUAGAUACUGGGAAAACACUAAGGUUAGAGGAGCAAAUGAAAGUACCAGAUGUGGGUCUGCAAAGAUAUAUGGACGAAGGCAGAAUAGUUUCUAGUGAAUCUAUCUCUCAAUCAGCUAGGCAGAAAAUCUUGACUGAUACAAUAGGGAAUGGAAAUAUAAAACCUGCUGUCAAUGUGAAAGAAGAUUCAGCGACCAAUAAAUCUGUUCCUGGGACAUUAUCCACUGCCCGACCUCUGGAAGAUGCUAGUUCACGAACAAUCUUUGUCGCCAAUGUUCAUUUUGGUGCUACCAAGGAUAGCCUUUCAAGGCAUUUUAACAAGUUUGGUGAAGUGCUUAAAGCGAUCAUAGUUACUGAUCCAGCAACAGGACAACCAAAUGGAUCAGCAUAUAUCGAGUUCACGCGCAAAGAAGCUGCAGAGAGUGCGUUGUCUCUGGACGGUACCUCUUUUAUGUCUCGGAUUCUCAAGAUUGUGAAAGGAAGCAAUGGGCAACAUCAGGAGGCUGCAUCAAGCAUGACCUGGUCUCGAGGGGGAAGGUUCACAAGAGCACCUGCAUACUUUAGAGGUGGUGCAUUUAGAGGACGUUCUGUUUCGAGGGGUGGAUCAAGGAGUAUGCAAUGGAAGCGUGAUUCGGCUGACACAGGAAACAACAACACUGCAGCUGUAGCCCCCAACAAUGCUCGUAGUCUCACAUACGUCCGAACAGAGUCGAGAUCAGACGGAAAUGCCAACGAUUGAAAGAGAAAUUAGAGAGGCAAGAGCUUAGGCGAAAAGGAAGAUUGAGUUUUAUCAUCUUGCCUUUCGGAUAUUAAUCUCAAUUGGUUUUUCUUUUCUUUUUUGGGUCUCUGAAACAGCUACUCCAAAACGUUACUUGUAUCGACUUCUAUGCUUGUUUUAUCUUUUGGAUUAUAAAAUGAAGAAAACAAAAAUAAAAAUUGUAUUUUCAUA